AUGGAGUGUACGAGUUUCAGCGAUCUACUCCCUAAACUGAGGGAGGCCCACGAGCGAGAAGUGGACGGGUGGCAGGCCAAAGUCCAUGAGCUGUCCAACAAGAAGGGCAGUGAUACAAAGCGAAUGGAGGAGCUGUUCAACAGAAACCAGCAGAUGAAGGAACACCAGAGAUUACUCACAGAGAACAUCAAGACGCUGGAAAAUAGGCUGAGGGCCGGGCUAUGUGACAGAUGUACAGUAACUCAGGAGGUGGCCAAGCGAAGACAGCAGGAAUUUGAACUCUCACAAAUGCAGAGCCUCCAGCACAUCACUAUGUUAGCGGGAGAGGUGAGCAGCCUGAAAAAGGAGAACAAGAGACUUAGAGAUGAGUUAAAAGCAGCACUGGAGUGAUGUAGUCGCCACUCUCCCAUCAGCAACAUCACCAUCACAGAGGUCAAACAGGUCUCCCCUGACCCUUCACCCUCCUGUAACCCUUUGGCCCUAAUGGCUCAGACAGCCAGCUGGGCCACUGGCCAGCCAGCAGAUGGCAAUGUUGUAGUGAAAACUGAGGUGGAACAAAAGACUGAAGUUUUUGAUCAAACAGAAGUGAAAAAUGAAAACAGACAACUGAGAGGAGUGAUCAAUCACUUUGAGGUGUGCCAGCCUGUGUCCAUUACCACACCACCAUCCUGGAAGGCAGAACAUAGUGCAGUCAGUGUUGGAGACAGGAGAUCUCAAAGUAUGGAAGGACCAGACCAGCGAUCCUCCAUUCCUGCUCAAGCUCUCCCCUUUAAGAACUCUUCUUCCUCAGCCAGUGGAGAAGCAAAUCCCAGUAGACAUGUACUCCACGCCCCUGUCCCCUGCCGUCCUCAACCAAUCAAGAGCAGCCCAGUUACUCUCCCCUGGCCUUUAUCUGAAUCCUCCGACUGGCUGUCUGUGGCUGCUGCAGGUAUACCGAUGCAACCUUCUCCCAAACACAAUCGGCUGCGUUUUCCCAACUUGAUCCCGACUAGCCAACACGCCAGCCAUUCCAGCUCCCGAAGGCAGGGGUCAGGGUCUCAGUGGCACAAGCAGAGUAAGUCUCAACCCCAUGCUAAAGAGCCAACUGUGGUGUUCAGGUUGAGGGAUAUGUCAGAGAACGUGGGGAGUCAAACUAAACCCAAGGAGAAAAAGGAAAUCCCACCAUCUGAGGCUGAGGGGAUCUCUGGAGAACGGCUUAGAGUGACGUGUGAUGGGCCUCUGGACCUGUCGGAUCGAGGAAAGUCAAAAUCAGGCCAAACACCAAGAGAUGAUUCACCCUUAGUCCGAGAGAUUCUACAGAUGAGUCCUGACAAUGUGAAGACAAAACCUCCUCCUCCAUAUGUACCAUUGUCAUCACCUUCACCUGCCGCCACCCGCUCAACCUCCUCUACAUCACCAGUCAGACAGACAGAGAAAGAGCCUUCCAAUGAUCGAAACCACAAGGUAACUGGUCAUGGUACAAUGAUCUUGCCACAACAGGUUAUCAGUAAGCAGGAAAAGAAAGAGGAGGUGAAUGGAAAGACAGAUCAAAACAACGGGAAGAAGGUGCCUGUCCUCACCAUAUCGUUACGUCCAGUAGUCGUGCUGGAGGCUCUGAAUUCUGCUCUGCAAAAGCAAGAAUCCUUAUCAGCAAAUGGCAAGAAACUGACGCCAGCAGCUGAAUCAGGAAGCAGCUCAUACGAGCAGGACGAGGAAGAGGAUGAAUCAGAGCAGGAGAGCAACCGGGGCUACAAGAGGAAGAGAGCAUCUGUGGAGACAGAAACCGACAGAGACUCUGACACAAACAACAUCCAUCCGGGAGGAAGGUCGAGAUCACAAUGA